GGUAUACAGCAUCUCUGCAGUCCACCGCUCAGCUGUCAACACUCAGCUGCCCGCCGCCUCCACAGGAAACUUCUCACACCGAAGUCGUGUUGAUCCCUUCAGCAGGCCCUGCUUCUCCUGUCCGCAGCAUCCGUGAUGAGUUACUACAUGGAUCCAGUUUCUUCCUACCCGGCUCUUCACCCCUGUGACCGUCUGGUGAGGCAUGGUGGAGGUGUGGCAUUGGGACCCCACACCCACCUACCAGGUGUGGUUCACCCUCAGCAGCAGUACUACCCAUCGCAGCCCCUUUACUUCCAGGACAAACCCCUGCAGGAGGUGCCCAACGGACACGACCUGUGCCCUACAGAUCCAGAGUGUGGAGACGUCCCCCUGCUAACUCCAGGAAGUAAAGAGAUGAUGUCACAGGCUCUGAAGGCCACCUUCAGUGGCUUCACAAAGGAGCAGCAGCGGCUGGGUAUUCCCAAAGAUCCCAGACAGUGGACAGAAAACCAUGUGGCUGCGUGGCUAACGUGGACAGUGAACGAGUUCAGUCUGAAAAAUGUCGACUUUGGCAAGUUCUGCGUGAACGGAGCCAGCCUGUGUGCGAUGGGGAUGGAGCGCUUCCUGGACUUAGCGCCUGACUUUGUGGGUGACAUCCUUUGGGAACAUCUAGGAAUGCUUCAGAAAGAGGAUGCAAAGCAUUACCCCAUCAAUGGACUGACCUCCAACUUCCAGGAAUCCUGUUAUACCUCAGACUACUUUGUCAGCUACGGUGUUGAGCAUGCUCAAUGUGUCCCUCCUUCUGAAUACUCAGAGCCCGGCUUCAUCACGGAGUCCUACCAGACACUUCAUCCCAUCAGCUCGGAGGAACUGCUGACGCUCAAGUACGAGAGUGAAUACCCCGCUGUCAUCCUACGGGACACGCCCCUCAACCCGCUGCAGGGGGACUACUUCACCGUCAAGCAGGAGGUGGUGUCCCCUGACAACAUGUGUGUGGGACGCCUCAGCAGAGGUAAGCUCGGUGGCCAGGACUCCUUCGAGAGCAUCGAGAGCUUUGAGAGCUGUGACCGCUUGACCCAGUCAUGGAGCAGCCAGUCCUCAUUCAGCAGCCUGCAGCGGGUACCUUCGUACGACAGCUUCGACUCGGAAGACUACCCCGCUGCCUUGCACAGCCACAAGCCCAAGGGCACUUUCAAAGACUAUGUGAGGGAGCGCUCAGACCUCAGCAAGGAUAAACCCGUCAUCCCAGCGGCUGCACUGGCAGGAUACACAGGCAGCGGCCCCAUCCAGCUGUGGCAGUUCCUCCUGGAGCUUCUGACCGAUAAGUCUUGCCAGUCCUUCAUCAGCUGGACAGGCGACGGCUGGGAGUUCAAGCUUUCUGACCCAGAUGAGGUUGCUCGGAGGUGGGGCAAGAGGAAAAACAAGCCCAAGAUGAACUAUGAGAAGCUGAGCCGUGGCCUACGCUACUACUAUGACAAGAAUAUCAUCCACAAGACAUCGGGGAAACGCUACGUCUACCGCUUUGUCUGUGACUUAAAAAGCCUGCUGGGGUACACUCCCGAGGAGCUCCAUGCAAUGUUGGACGUAAAGCCCGAUACGGACGAGUGAAAGCAAAGACGAAACGGGAAGUGAAGACGAAAGUUAGAAGACACAUGGACAGGGGCUCAUGAAGUGGUCUUAACUAUUUUGAUAGAGUCGGUAAACCGUUUUUUUUGGGGACCAAAAAAAUGUUUUUAAUGACCAACUGUGGUCUUUGUCAACUUCAAGCUCCUGUCUCUCAGACCAUGUAAAAAGAAGGCACAAGCCAAAAGCCUGUAUUCAUACCCUGUUGCAUUUGAGAUGUGUGUGCGCAUGCGUGUGUGUGUGAGCGUGCGUAUGUGUGGUUAUGUACCUGUAUUAUUUAGCAGCUCAAGGCAGAUGGAGCACUAUCGGGUAGAGUUCAGGUUCCGUUAUGCCUAAGUAGCACAGUGGGGAGACGAGAGGACCACGACAGAAGGUCUGAGAUAACCCAGACAGAAAAUAAUAGAUCCAGUUAAUUGUUGGGGUAGAGCGGGCAGAAGACGAAAAAAAAAUGGGUUGCCAAAAAUGUUUAAACCAAACUAAGGAAGGUAUAAUGACAUAUUUACAUAAAUGCUCAGUGUCUCUCAUUGGCAAAGAGAAUAUUCAGCUUGGACCAAAAAGUGUUGUUUUUCAUUUGUUGUUUGAGGAGCGUAUGCUUGCGCCAGUAUUAUAGUAUUGAUGUUGAGAACACCCAAUGUAGACCUACUGGGCAUAUAUUGGAAAGGGUAUUUUUCUUAUGUUGUCAAUGACGGUAUUACAGUGGAACCAAACAUUAGAUGCCAAGUGUAUCUGAUCUGUUCUCCAGGAGCCUUUAACUGAAAUGUGCUGAUUCGUUAUCAGACGACACUAUAGACACUGGCCCUGUGCUUUGUAGGCUUUUAGGACAUGGUGAGAUUACUCAUACCAAAAGGUUUUGAUAGACAGACAACUGAAAGUAGCCGUUGCUUUUGAAACUGACGCUUUCACCUUUUACUUACAUGUUUGCCACCUUGUUAGACACACAUAUUGUGAAACUUGUGCAUUUUUUGCAUAAACCACCAGUAUUAGCAAACUGUAGACAAUCCAUGUGGGGGAAUUCAGGAGUCUUUGGUAAGAAGAGUUGUUUAAUAUGCAGAUUAGAUGCAUAAUUUGUCGGUUCACUGUCUGUUUCUGUUGCUUUAGAGGUGUUUGAAUAGUCUCCUGUCUUAUCUGUCGAUAUAAUAAAAUCACAAGUGAAAUAGUCAAGGGAGUGAUUUUACAAAAUCCUAAGAAUGUCAGAAUUUAUUCUUUAUUUUUUUUCUUUUUUUUUCUUAUGCAGUACAUUUUGGCCAUGAGGACGCAGCUGCAGAAUGCAGUGUGGAGGUACAGUGUAGGAAACAAAGAGGGACAGGCAAUAGAAGAAAAGGUUGACUAGAGAGAAGCGGACGUUUUGUGAGAUAGAUGAAGGGGGACUGAAAGGAGUCCGUGGAUACCACAGGUGAUGAUCAGUUGUAAGGUCUGACGGAGAAAGACUUGGAAGUUUGCAUUACAUGGGUUGUGUUCUCCAUUUUCCACUGCCAUUGUAGUUCGAUGCAGCUGAAGCCUCGUUGCAAAUAGGAGGCAUGUAGGACUAGUGGCAGACAUUUGUAAAUACUUUUUGGGUUAGUGUUUUACUUAUCUAUGAGCAAAACAAUAUUCAGUUCAUAGUGAGGAACUCAUUUACGAUUCCGCCCAUACCAGUGGGAACAGUGGGUGCACGCUGGUUUCAUGGGAAAAGCCAAAGUGGAAUAUCAUCUUAGAAUACAAUGUUAUUGUUUACAAUGGCUGAAUGUUACCCAUAUGGAUGAAAAUGUUGUCUAUUUGUACAGAUUGUAUUUCAUAAUGCUUUAUUGAGACCCAGAUUACACAAAUAAGCAAGAGACAAAGCAGGAAUAAUAACCAAAACCCUUGUGAGGUCUUUGGCCGCGGUGCUUCGCGUAUCGUCCACGAUGUCGGAAGACAGGGACCAGAAUUUUCUCACACUUUUGGAAAGUGUUGACUUCUAUUUGAUCUUUUUGUUUAAUGUGUUGGAAAGCACACACGCUUUAGGACAAAGAGGAAUGCCUUUCGCUGGUCUGGGUUUAGAAGAGAGAUGCUGGAUAUGUCCAUUAUGUUUGAUUGGUAGCAAACUUCAUCAAGCACACUGACUCACAAACCCUCACCCAUGUUCGUCAUCCGACACAAGGAAUUAGACAAAUGUAUUAGUAAUAAGCUGCACAGUACUUUCAUUCUUCUCUGCAUGUUGAUGUCAAGGUUCCAAAACACUGUUAUCUUUGUUUUGUUCAGGUUUCCUUUUCUGUCUGAUGUCAGUGUUUUAUAUUGGAGAACUUUCCAGAUUUUUUUUUAUCAUAAUUGUAAUGGUUGUCGAUGCCCUGGAAAAAGUGACCCCCCCCCCCACACACACACACACACACACACAUAUACACAUACACACACAAACAAGGUCAUAAUAUCUGUAUGGUUGGCGUCACAAGAUUAAUGUGCUAAAAGAAAACAUUUUGUUUCCUAAAAUGUAGGUAUUUUAAAAUUUAUUAUGUCAGGAAAAUAUUCUAUUGUUCAAUGUCACAGAUUACAAUCUACUGCAGGUCUUAUGUAUUAAUGAACCUUAGUCAGGCAAGUGUAUACACACCAGUAGUUUGUGGCAUAUGCAUAUCUCAGAAUGGAUUCAGAAGGAAAACUUUUUUGUUUUGGAUGUUUUUUUUUUUUUUUUGUAUAUUUUAUAGUGUCUCUGUAUUUUUGUUAUGAGAUCAUUUUUAUUGUAUUUAGUUCACAAACAUUUGAAUAUUUUUCAAUAAUUUAUAUUUUAUAAAAGACAAGAGAUGCAGACAGCUGGUGCUUUCAUGGGAAUAUAAAGGUAGCGCAGGACAAAAUAUUGUAGCGAUUUGUUUUUGUUUUGUAUUCUUUUUUUUAUAUAGAAAAUAGACCUGUCUGCUAGAGAAAAAAGGCUGAUGCUGGCCCAUCAAUGAUUUCUGCUGGAAAGGUUUUAUAAACUGUAGCUUCUAUUUCUAAAAUGUACUUAAUGUACUUCAAAAUGUUAUAAAAUAUAUGUGAACAAAGAUUUAA